AUGGCAACGGAUCCACAUCCGGUAGCACUAGAUUCAUUUGCAACCCAGAGUCCCCCAACCACUAGACUGUAUGUCCACGGCGUAUCUGUCCAUCUGCCUGACUUCUAUGAUACUAAUCCAACUCCACCCAUGGUCUCCGAGCUUGGCUCAUUCUCAGAAACUCACCAAAGCUCACAAUCUUCACAUAUCACCUCACUCCUCCCCAAUUGCGCACUCAAUUUCAUCUCCUCCUUUCGAUUCUUCAGACCUCAUCCCAGAAUCGUUCUCAGUCUCUCCACACUACCCAUCCUCAUCAGUUACCAUGUCUCAAGCGGGGCUCUCCGCAAGAAGUUGGCCAAGUUGCUGAGCAUCAGGACUGACUAUAGAAGUGAUUGGGAGGACGUGUUUGGCUUUAGCCCUGAUUGCACUAAUCCAUCUUGUCCGGCAAUCCAGCUGUUGGAUGCCCGGCCGCUCAGCAUUGUCCGGAGAGAGACCACUCAGCCACCAACUCCUGGCAGUCCCGUUCCAACGACCAAUGGAACUCCAGCGCCUACUAUGACCAAUCCAGGUAGUCUUUUUACCUCAUCUCUCACCACAUCUCCUCCUAGUGGCGGCGCAAUGACUGGUCAACCUGGAACUCUUGGCGCAAACAGGGCCCCCAAAAAUCUCGGCUCCACACCUGAAAUGGGUGCUUGCUGA